AUGAGUGACGUCCGAUUGGCUGCAGCUUCCUCCACCGUGUCCACGGUAGCAGGAUGCAGUUCCCAUGGAUACGAGCCUCCGGCCUUCAUCCUGCCUCCUCGUAACGCCCGGGUGGUCCUGGGAGGAGACGCCCGCCUGGAGGGGAAGGUGCGAGGUCAUCCUGAGCCGCAGGUCACAUGGUACAGACAAGGGCGGGCUGUGAUUGGUGGAGAGCGCUGCCUGGUGGAACGAGGUGGGCGGGGCACCUUCAGCCUGAUGGUGGGCGGGGUCACAGAAGAGGACGUGGGCAGGUACACCUGUCAGGCAACCAAUCAGGCGGGGAGCCGGCAGGUUACCGUAGAGAUCCUUCUGGAAGAGCCUUGUGGGAGGAGCUCGGUGCUGCCGUUCUGCCUGAAGCCAGGGUGUCGCUCUGCGGUGAACCGGCCCGGCAUUUGGAGCGAGAGUCCUCCCAGGUUCAUCACCAAACCCAGCCGAGUGUUGGCCAAACUGGGACAGAGCGGGAAGUUUACGGCCAAAGCAACGGGACGCCCGCAGCCCCGGGUCACAUGGUACAAGGAGGAGGCGGAGCUUCAGUCAGGAGGGCGGGUCAGAAUCUAUGAGCUCGCCGGCCUUCACCUCCUGGAGAUAAAGGAAGUGUGUGCAGAGGACGCAGGAAGUUACAGGUGUUCAGUCACCAGCAGCGCUGGAUCAGCGACCGCCAUCGCUGAGCUCAGCAUCCAGGGUGAGCCGACCAAUCACUGCCACCAUGUUGACCCACCUGAGGACUCCCAGACCAGAACCAGGAGCCCAGCUGCCAGUGUUCCCAGUGCUCCCAGCUCCCCUGGACAGACAGCAGCUUGGGGGAGCAGGCCUCCAGCUCAGCUCCCCCUGCUGGCAGAGAGGAGAAGUGCAGCUGUGCAGGUGCAGCCGGUCGGUCCGGAUCCGGUUCAGACCGGUUCAGUCCAGCAGCAGCCGGCUGGUUCAGGCAGCAGCAGGGCUGUGAGGAGGUCCACAUCGGGGUCCAACCUGCGGUUCGAGGCCGUUCCUCUGGACCAGGAGGCCACAGAGGGGACACAGGUCGUGUUCACCUGCCAAGUCUCCUCUGAUGCUGUUGCCGUGGUGACCUGGCUGAGGGGUGGGGACCAGGUGAGGACAGGACAGCAGAGACAGGAUGGCAGCCGUCUGACUCUCACCAUGGAGAGAGUGAGACAGGUGGACCGGGGCACGUACAGGUGUCAGCUGACCACUGCCGAUGGACUGACCGUCAGCUCUGCAACAUGGAGGCUCCGAGUCCACGGCAGACGGCAGGGUGGCAGGUCAGAGGUCACAGCUCUGUGUGAGGCUCCUCGAUUCAUCAGAGGCCUCACCGACCUGAAGGUGAUGGACGGCAGCAGAGUCGCCAUGACGGUGGAGCUGAGCGGUCACCCCCCUCCGGACGUGGUGUGGCUUCAUGAUGGGCAGGAGGUGAAGGAGUCAGAGGACUUCCAGCUCCUGAGGGAGGAGGGCUGCUGCACUAUGCUGAUCCAGGAGGUUUUCCCAGAGGACACCGGCACCUACAGCUGCCAGGCCUGGAACCAGUACGGGGAGGACCGGACCGAGGCCCGGCUCACUGUGGAGGAGCCUCAGGAUGGCGUCCAGCCCUGGUUCAUCACAAAACCCAAAGCGCUGAGCGCCGUGACGGGUCAUCACGUCCUCCUGUCCUGCGCCAUCGCCGGAGACCCGUUUCCUCAGUACACCUGGACCAGAGCCGACCGGAGCCGACCUCUGACCUCCGGAGGAGACUUCGAGGUGCUGCGGAAGGAAGACGUGGUCUCUCUGCUGAUCAGACGGGUGAAGCAGCACCAUGCUGGAGACUACGUGAUCCGCCUGAGGAACAGUGUUGGAGAAUGCAGCGCUGUGGCCCGUCUGUCUGUCUCUGGACCAGCAGGACACCACACCAGAACAGACAGAAGAAAAAGGAACUGGGAAUACUGGGAACUAUGGGACGAAGAGGAGGACGAAGAGGAGGAGGAUGAGUGUGUCCUGACUCUCUUGUUUCACUUUGUUUACAUCACUCUCUUCAUUCUCUCUCUCUGUUCCUCCAUCUGUGUCUGUGCCUGGACGCCCAGCCCUGCAGGAGGAGCAGCAGGAGGAGGAGCAGCAGGAGGAGGAGGAGAGGAGCAGAGAGGCAGCAGCAGAGCGCUCAGUCAGCAGGAGGAGGACCAGGAGCCCUGUGAGAAGCUGCACCAGGUGAAGAAGAAAGAGGAGGACCAGGACUCUGCUGCUCCUCGAGGCCUCCUCAGACACUGUGUGGAGACCAGGGAGCGAGGUGAGGAGGAGCUGCGACAGAGGGAGGCGCAGCAGCUGGACUUCCGCUCGCUGCUGGGACGCCGAGCUUUUCAGAACAUCCAUCAGGCAGAGGAGCCGAGGGAGGCCGAGCAGCACCAAAUGGAUUUUAAGGCCAACCUCAAGGGGGUCAAACCCAAGGCGGAGGAGAAGACCAACUCCUCGCCGCAGGUCGACUUCCGCAGUGUGUUGGGGAAGAAGGGCGCCGCCGGCAGCAACGGCAACAAGCCCGCCGACACGCCUGGGAAGAACGCCGCCGACUUCCGUUCCGUCCUCGCCAACAAGAAGAAGCCCGCGGGCCCAGAGAAGAACGGGGAGAGCGGGAAGGUCAACAACAACUGCGUGGACGGAGGGAUUAACGAGAAGAAGAGCGCCGCAGGAGGAGGGCCGGUGCCGGAGUUUGUUGAGAAGCUGAGCGAUGUGACGGUGCUGGAUGGCCAGCGGCUGCAGCUGCAGUGUCGCCUCGCCGCUGCUGACGCCACCGUGUCCUGGACGCUGGAUGGGAAGCUCAUCAAGCCGUCCAAGUUCAUCGUGCUCGCUAAUGAAGGCGGCCUCUGUUCUCUGACCAUCGACAAAGCUCUGCCCGAGGAUGAAGGCCAGUAUAAAUGCAGAGCUGAGAACCCGGCAGGCAGAGCUGAGUGUUCCUGUACGGUUCUAGUCGACGAUCCAGCAGAAAACUCUCCGGCAGACAAAAAGUCCAAGAAGGCGACUCCGACCUCAGAGAGUGAAGCCAGAAUAAAGAAGCCGACUGCGAAGACUCCUCCCAAACAAGCCCUGCCUCCUCAGAUCCUGCAGUUCCCAGAGGACAUGAAGAUCCUGGCGGGAGAGAAGGUGGAGAUUCUCUGCAAGUUCUCUGGAGCUCCGCCCAUCAACUGCACCUGGCUGAAGUUCAGGAAACCAAUCCAGGGCUCGGCUGACAUCUCCAUCUCCAGCAGUGACAGCAGCAGUAAACUGACCAUCAGCAGCGGGCAGCAGGAGCACUGUGGCUGCUACACCAUCGAGCUGAGGAACAGCUUCGGCCUGCGACAGGCUGCUCUCAACCUCACCAUCGUCGAUAAACCCGACCCCCCAGCAAAGGUUCCUGCGGCCUCAGAUAUCCGGCGCUCCAGCCUGACGCUGUCGUGGUACGGGCCGACCUACGACGGAGGCAGCGCCGUUCAGUCCUACAACCUGGAGAUCUGGGACUCUGUGGAGCAGCAGUGGAAACACCUGGUUUCCUGCAACAGCACCUCCUACAACGUACAGAACCUCCUCCCAGAGCGGCAGUAUAAGUUCAGAGUCCGAGCAGAGAACAUCUACGGAGUCGGAGAGCCGAGCGCUGAGUCCGAGCCGGUGACUGUCGGCCUGGUGGAUGACGGUGAGAACCUCUCUGACCUGUUUUCGGCUUCAUUCAACUCAGAAAAGGAGCCGGACUACAGAGAUGUGACCAUCAGAACAGACGUGAAGGUGAAGGAGCUGUACGACGUGGAGGAGAGACUGGGAACGGGGAAGUUUGGUCAGGUCUUCAAGCUCGUGGAGAAGGCAACGAAGAAGGUUUGGGCGGGAAAGUUCAUCAAGGCGUACUCAGCGAAGGAGAAAGAGAACGUCCGGCAGGAGAUCGGCAUCAUGAACAGCCUCCAUCACCCCAAACUGGUCCAGUGUAUCGACGCCUUCGAGGGCAAGUCGGACAUCGUCAUGGUCCUGGAGAUUGUGUCCAGUGGGCUUCACCUGGUUCAGUCCGGUUCACUGGGACGUCUGUCUGUUCUCAGGCUGAGCGGUUUGUCUCCAUUCAUGGGUGAUAACGAUAACGAGACGCUGUCCAACGUCACCUCGGCCACCUGGGACUUUGAGGACGAGGCCUUCGAUGAGAUCUCCGAUAACGGCAAAGACUUCAUCACCAACCUUCUGAAGAAAGACAUGAAGGCUCGACUCACCUGUGCUCAGUGUUUCGAACACACCUGGCUGAAGCAGGACACCAACACCAUGAAGGCCAAGAAGCUCUCCAAGGAGAGGAUGAAGAAGUACAUCCUGAGGAGGAAGUGGCAGAAAACGGGUCACGCUGUUCGAGCCAUCGGCAGACUGUCGUCCAUGGCCAUGAUGGCCGGGGUCAGCGCCAAGAAGGGCUCGCCCACCGAAGAGGACAACCAGUUCCUGGAGUGUUUGGAGUACGAGCAGAAGACGGAGUGCAAACCCACCUUCAGCUCAGUCAUCAAGGACGUGGAGGUGGUGGAGGGCAGCGCCGCUCGCUUCGACUGCAAGAUAGAAGGUUACCCCGACCCUGAGGUGGUUUGGUACAAGGACGAGCAGCCCAUCAAAGAGACCCGGCACUACCAGAUCGACUACGACGAAGAAGGAAACUGCAGUCUGGUCAUUUCAGAGGUUUCUGGCGACGAUGACUCCAAGUACACGGUGAAGGCGGUGAACAGUCUGGGGGAGGCGACCUGCACCGCCGAGCUGCUGGUGGAGGUGAUGGCUGGAGAGGAGGAGGAGGAGGAGGAGGAGGAGGAGUGAAGCAGUGAAGUAGUGACUGGACUCCCACAGGAGGAGGAGGAGGAGGAGGUGUUUGUGCCUCCUCAGCAAAAAUGAUCCACAACUAACAGUGACUGGAGGAGCAGGUGGGCGGAGUUUAACACACCUGUCCUCUCCUAAUUAAACAGUGUUUAUUCAUAUUUUUUGUAUUUAAAAUGCAGCUGUGUUUUUAUAACUUGAAAAGCUGCGUCAAGUAUAAAUAUAUCAACGCCAAAACCUGAACAAAUGGAUCAAUGAAGGAUUCGGUUGGUUCUGCAAGAUGCCAGCUUUAAACUAGAAGCAUGAGCGACCCGUUUGUGUCACUGCUGAGCGGUUCUGCUCCGGUCAUCUGGCACAAAGGUCACAGCUGGAUAUUCAGAUCACGUCUUAUUUUACACCCAGAAGUUUCUAAAACACGAAAGCCACAGUGACCGUUUUCAGUCCUUUGUUUACCUGUGUGUUAAGCUCCGCCCACCCAACACCUGGAGAACAGAAGCUCCACCCCCUCAGGUUAGCUUCUGAGCAUUUGUGGGUUUCAUCUCAGACUUUCUAUCAUUGCUCUUUGGGUAGCUGGGGUUUUCUGUCCAUUCUGAGAAAGCCUCACUGUGAGCGGUCGUUUCACACUUUGACCUCCAGACUCAGAGUUCAACAUUUAACUGUGUUCCAUCUCUGAUCAACUCUGAGGUAAGAUUCUGAGAAACGAGACAGAAAGUCUCAGUGUUGUGUUUGAGCAGAGAGACGGUAACAAAGUCUUGAUGAAGAGUCCUGAAGUUCUUCAGCUGCAGCUCCCUGAAUCCUUCCCCAGAGACUCAUGGGAGCUGUAGUUCUGCACCACUGAUCCGGUACUCACAGUGCAGACUGGAGAUCUCUCCCCAGACGGUUUCACCACCAGUCACACCUCCAUGGUUUAGAUGACAAUAAACAGGCAGUUAGAACUGAAGAGCACUGGGAUGAAGGUGAAACGUCUGGAAGAACCAGAGUCCAGCUGCUUGGACUCUUGUUGUCGCUGGACUGAACCAGGACUUUGUGCUGACGUAGACCUGCUUCCUGUGGGAGUCGCUGAGGAAGACGAUGGUACGAGGACAGAGGUGGAGCUGAGCAGAGCCAUAUAUUCACAGAGUUCAGUCGACGUGACCCAUGUGAUAGUUAAUGUGAAUGAACAAACCUCACCAGACUCAUUUCACACACACACUGCUAGCUAGCGCUUGUUAGCUAAUGUUAGCUCUGUUGCUAAUGAACUCUGUUGUGUUAGCAGCCUCAGAGUGAAUUAAUGCUCUCUUCAGGUGGAUUUAAUGAGCUGCUGGUUACAACAUGCUGUGUUCACAGAGUUUAGUGUUUCCUGCUGACUGGGGGCUGCAGG